AUGCGUCGAACGCCUGGCAACUUGCUGCUGUGGUGCAUCACGCUUCUGACGCCAGCUGGGGCGGAAUGGAUUGCAGUCUGUUUGUUCGGCCGCGUGCGCGGGGCAAGGGUUGUCGGGGAAGCGCUGCGGCAGAACUUGCUGGACCCUUUGUGCGGCGGGAGCUGCGCAGCUGAGGCGCCGCAGCAUCGUGUGGACGUCUACAUCGCUGGGCCUGCCACCUCUGGAUCGCCACUUCGGGGGACGGCCGAUCUACUGGAUGCCCAAGGAUUUCCGUGGCUGGUGAAGGGGGUGCGGUUCCAGGACGAGUCGCACAUUCUGAGCUACCUGAACACGCCGGAGAACAUCGACAACUGGCACAAAACCUUGCUGAUUCGUGGCAACUGGAUUGGUGCUGCCAGCAAACUCAUGAGCAAGCGGCGCAUACAUAGAAGGAGGGGCAGCGGACUCUGGCAAUACUUCGCCCAACAUCAAUGCUUGGAGAUGAUCGAGGGCCAGGAGCGGUUUGCUGCGACCAGCUACGACCGCCUGGUGCUAAGUAGGACCGAUCUGAAGUGGAUCUUUCCCCAUCCGCCACCUCACGCCCUGGAUCGGACGUUGGCCUGGAUCCCGGACACGAUGGAGGACGACUGGGGUGGCAUUUACGAUCGACACUAUGUCCUUCCCCGCUCCCUGCUGAGAGCUGGCCUGGGCGGUUGGGAGAUGCUGGUCGACGGGCGAGCCUGGCGUCUCAUGGCGACGGGGGCUGAUGUCAUGUUGCCUGGAAGCAAUGUGUCGAUGAACACUGAGACUUAUCUGGCACUCCGCUUGGAGUAUGCUGGGGCGCAAAUCGCGCGCUAUCCGGCCACUGCCUAUCUCGCCUGCGACAGCUCCGAGUGGAAGGAUGGCAAGACAGGCAUGAGCCAAGGAGGUUCACGCACGGUACACGGC